AUGAAAUCAUGCAGUUCGCUGCAAGACUUGGAUGGAACUGGAAGACAUCAUGUGAAACAAAGGGAGCACGCGGUGCUCGCCGACUCGGUGCACCUCGCCUGGAACCUGACUGCCACCCUGGACGCGGUGGUCUUCUCCAGAGUCACCAACAACGUGGUUUUGGAAGAGCCUUUACUAGUGGGCAUUGAUGGCUUGCUCAAAGGCAGCACUGACAAAAUGGUGUGCUAUCUCUUGUCAACAAAAGCCAUAGUGCCUGCGUCCAAGAUGGAGAUUUACAACAUCCCUCUCGAAGAGAAGGUGUUGGAGCUGAAAGAGAAGAUAAUGUUAACACAUGUCCGCUUAAAUUCACUGAUGAAGAUUCCGAAGGACGUGGCUCCUGUGAAGUCCAAGACAGAAAACUGA